GGCAGAGAUGGCUGGCAUGAUGACAGGUCUUCUCCUUUUGCUGUUGGCCGGUGUGACAGAGAGCAGAGUGGUGGAUCUGCAGAAGAGAGUUUUCGGAGGUGAAACAUGUGAGGAUACAGACCGCCGUUACCAUGUGAAGCUGAUACCAAGGAAUGGGAAAAAGGACUCUCUGUGUGGCGGAUCUCUGAUCAGUCGGGAUUGGAUUCUGACUGCAGCUCACUGUGUGCCGGAUGGGUGGACUGUGACAGCAGUUUUAAAUGAGCACCCAGAUCCAACAAAAGCAGUGCCUGUCAAAGCACAACCUUUUCCAAGGACAGACGACCAAAAGAGGUUCCAUGACAUCAUGCUGCUGAAGCUGGAUGUCCCUGCAAUUAACUUUCCGACAGUAAACCUUCCUGACUGUGGCAAACGUCCCAGACUAGUUCAGAUAGCCGGCAUUGGAGACAAACGAGUAUACAAGGAUAACAUAAAAAGGAACAGCAAGCUGGCAAAAACUCUCCAAUGUGCAAGCACCACAGUUGUCAGUUGUCCGAGCUCCAAGGUGUUGCGUAACAACAGAGUAUGCAGCAGAGACUAUGAGCAUUUGAUCUGUUACCAAAGCAAAGAAGUCGAUGCAACUGGAGGGGACUCUGGUGAAGGAGUGGUGUUCAACGGCAUGAUUUACGGAGUGCAUUCUGCUAGUAGCCCAAAAGCCUGUGCUAGUCCAGGAAAAGCUAUGGACGUCUGUGAAUACAGAGACUGGAUCACUGAGGUUACCCGGCUUACCUUUCCAUGAGAACGUUUUAAUAGGGUGAGAGGUCGUGUCACUUAACAGACCUUCACCUGUAUUCAAACAUUCGAUUGGCUGAUGAUACAUUUACAAUUGGUUGGAUUAAAUUAGAUAUUCAACUCUUAUUAGAAAAGCUGGCUCAUUUCAGAAGCAUCUGAGUUAUGAAUGUUAGUUCAACAACUUUUGUUAUGCUAUAAAAUAAAUAAGUAUCAUGUUCUCCUUUGUGAAUUCAAAUGUGGAACCCUUUUGCAAAAUGAUUCACUUUGAAGAACAGAAAUGUAACACUUUUCUACGGAUUGUAUUUUGAAAACGACACAUGGCCAAAUAUAGAAGCCUGUUAUAUUUUUGAACAUGCUGAUCUCAUUCUGUGUUGGUGGCUCAACCGUUAAUGUGAUGUCCUGUGAUCCACCUCUCCUGACUACUGCUGCUGACUCUCACCAUGCUGAGAGACAGCGUUCAUGUGAGUGUGGCAGUGGGGUGUGGUUAGAGCGCCCACUGCUGGAGCAAUGGGAGAGGCUCGGCCGUAGACCAGACAGCCGAUCAGCAUCAGGUAAUGAGUCACUAAAUAAAAGCAUGCUGGUAACCUGGUUCUGGUCUCUUGCAGUAGGCUGGGUCCUGGAGGGGAGAAGCCCCUGAGAAGCCUUCCAUGGAGAGCAGUAUUGAGUAGUUUGUUUCUGUUAGAGGUUGUGACCUGUGACCUGAAGUUAAACACCAAACCCAGAUCUCCUCAUCUCACAGUGAUGUAUGUUACUGUCAGAUAACCCUUUAGACAUGCUGUUAUACCUCUCCAACAUUAACAGAUGUAAUAUUAGGAAGCAAGAACCAUUGAAUUACCUUUCAAAAUGUUUAGGAUCCCGUGUGAUGUGGUGUCCUUUAAAAUCCUUGCAGCUGAAUCCCAGAUCAGAUUAGGGAUAGGGUCAGCAUUAG